UAGAGCAGGACUUGAUGACAUGUCUGUAGAAAAUGAACCCUUGUACCUGCUACGUUUGGUGACGGAAGCAUUUGUCAUCAAAGCAUGUCCACCAGCUUGUUAGGGGAAUGAGAACUCUGUGAUGAUCAGAUACCCUCAAAUGGUCUGUCGCUAGAGCGUACACCUAAUUCCAUUGCCUCCCAGGCUCGCCUGUGUGAAAGGGAAGAGGAAGUCGUCUCUUGUUUUGAGACAGCGUGCGUUAUUGCACAAGUGUAUUUGCAGGAACUUGAGAAGGCCUUGAACAACACACAUUCAAGAGGUAUAAAAGGCAGCAGCAUGACUUUCUCUGACUUUGAACUCCCUUAUUUCCUGGAAGCAGCUCUACAGAGUGCAUAUGUGGCUCACUUAAAGAAAGGAAAUAUCGUGAAAGGAAUGCGGGAUCUGCGAGAAGUCUUACGGACUGUGGAAACGAAAGCUACUCAGAGCUUCAGAAUGACUGCAGCCAAACAGUUAGCUGAAGUACUUCUCCACUCAUUGAGUGAGGACUGCUACUGGAGCCCCUUGUCUGAGCCUCUGCCAGAGUUCAUGAACAAGGAAGAUGACUCUUAUGUUAGCAAUCUUCUAUGUCGAAGACCUCAGCUCUAUACAGGAGACAACCUGUACUGCCCUCAAGACAACAUAGAAGAGGCUCUUCUUCUCCUCUUAAUCAGUGAAUCCAUGGCGAACCGAGAUGCGGUAAUUAGCCGUGCUCCUGACCAGAAGGAUGAUCGAGCUGUCAGCCUCCAGGAUGCUUCUGCAGUUUAUGACCUUCUGAGUAUCACGCUGGGCAGAAGAGGGCAGUAUGUCAUGCUUUCUGAGUGCUUGGAGCGAGCAUUGAAGUUUGCAUUUGAUGAAUUUCACCUCUGGUACCAACUGGCUCUUUCCAUGGUAGCUUGUGGCAAGUCGGCACAUGCUGUGUCAGUGCUCAAAGAGUGUGCAAAGCUGCAUCCUGCAGAUCCCACUGUUCCUCUCCUGGCUGCCAAGGUCUGCAUUGGGCCACUGCACUGGCUGGAGGAAGGAGAACGUUUCGCCAAGAUAGUGAUAGAACUAGGUGAGGCUACUGGAGAGUUCCUCGCGAAGGGUUAUCUGGCUCUGGGGCUGACAUACAGUCUUCAAGCUACUGAUGCUACCCUGAAGUGCAAUCAAGAUGAAUUACACAAGAAAGCACUUCAGACUUUGGAGAGAGCACAUCACCUGGCCCCUGAAGACCACCAAAUCAUCCUUUACGUCUCAAUGCAGCUGGCUCUCGUCAGACAGAUUACUGAUGCAAUAGAGCACCUCCAAGAAGCACUGAAACUGUGCAAAGAUGAUAUAAAUUCACUUCAUCUGUUGGCCCUCCUUUUUUCAGCCCAAAAGCAGUAUCAUCAUGCACUGGAUAUCAUCAACAUGGCUCUCACUGAGUACCCAGAGAGCUUUAGCUUACUCUUCACCAAAGUAAAACUGCAGUUGGCAUAUAAAGGACCUGAAGAGGCUCUGGUGACUUGUAGACACAUGCUGCACACAUGGCAGAUGGUAUAUAGUGUUUCACAACACAGUGGUUCUGAGAAGGAGAGCAGUGUGACAGAAGUGCCAGUGAGCAAAAAACAUAAUGGGAUGCAUCUCACUCUCCCUGAUGCUCAUGAUACUGACUCUGGCUCCCAGCGAGCCUCUUCUAUUGCAGCUUCCAGACUGGAGCAGGCCAUGUCUGAAGUUACUGUGCAGAGUACUGCCAUGAAGCAAGGACCUAUGCAACUAUGGACAACUCUUGAACAAAUUUGGCUACAAGCUGCUGAGCUUUUCAUGGAACAACGGCAUCUCAAGGAAGCAAGCUUUUGUAUCCAGGAGGCAGCAAGUCUUUUCCCCACAUCUCACACUGUGCUGUACAUGCGUGGGAGGCUUGCAGAGAUGAAAGGCAGCUUGGAGGAGGCUAAGCAAUUGUAUGAUGAGGCACUCACAGUGAAUCCAGCUGGAGUGGAAAUUAUGCACAGCCUGGGCCCAGUACUGAGCAGGCUUGGAAGGAAUAACCUGGCUCAAAAGAUUCUGAAAGAUGCCAUCCAGAUAGAGAACACCAAUCACAAAGCCUGGAACCGCCUAGGAGAAGUAUUGCAAGCUCAAGGAAACAAUGAAGCCGCUGUUGAAUGCUUCCUAACAGCUCUCGACCUGGAAUCCAGCAGUCCUGUUGUCCCAUUCACUGUUAUACCCAGGGAACUGUGAAGAUCUUCCCUCCAACCUCACAGUCAUUCAGUAAGCAGAUAUGAAGAAACACAUGCAGAAGAAACUGUUGGCUAGACACAGAAGUGCAAUUGUAAUUUGGAGAAGGGCAAAAAAAAAAAUUACUCAAGUCUUACAAGUAUGGGCUCAGCUGGAAGAAAAAAAAGUUGAAACACAAGUAGCAAGGAGGAAAGAAAACAAUGCCAUUUUCAUAGGUGCUUGAUCCAAUCCCAGCUUAAUCAGUGGAAAGACUCCUGUUGAUUUCAGCAGAGGUUGGUUUGGGCGUGAGAUGACUGACAGUAGGCUAGAAGCUGCUAGGGUGUAGCUAUGAGAAGCACUUGUAUUGGAAAGGAAUUUCUUGUACCUUUCAACCUCAUUUGGGAAAGGCUACACUAGAAAAGGAAUAACAGGAGCUAAAUUCUGACCUGGGGUGAGCAAGUUUAUUGAAAUUGUGAAGAUGCACCCGACUUAUUCAAGGGCCAAAUUUGGCUCCCUAUCUGUGUACAGAGUCACUGCCAUAAAAAGGGGAUAUGGCAAAAAUCAAA